AUGCCUUUCGAUAUCCCGAAGCCCGAAGAUUACGAUGUCUCACUGAAACAUGGGUUCCUCCCUCAGAGAACGCCGCACGCCUCCUCGCUCGACUCGCGCUACGCACCGUGGGUCGAUAUCGUCAACAGUCUCCCUCAAUUGCUCGCAUAUGGGCGUCUGCGAUCGCUGGUCGACCGCUUGCCCGUCUUGGAGUGCGACCGCUUGACCACGACUCCACAACUGAGAUGCGCCUAUUCUAUCCUCGCUUUCAUCAGUCAUGCAUACAUAUGGGGAGGAGAGAGUCCCGCCGAGUCCCAUAAGAUCGUGCCCCCUCCGAUAUCAAUCCCGUUUCUGGCUGUAUGCAAGGCUCUGGAGAUGCUACCCGUUGCGACUUACGCUGCUGUAGUCCUGUGGAACUUUGACACAAUACUCUCUACGGAUCGUCGCACUAGCUUGUGCGGCCUGAAGACUUUGACCACUUUCACCGGCGCCAUCGACGAGAGCUGGUUCUACUUGGUGUCCGUUGCUAUUGAGGCGCAAGGCGGCCCUUUGAUAUCCACGAUCCUGGAGGCCACUAGAUGUGCACACGAGCAAAAAACCGCCUUUGUCAUUAUCCACCUACGCCAACUUGCGUCCGGGUUGACUGAGCUGGGCGGAACAUUGAAGCGUCUGCAUGAGAGAUGCGAUCCUGCCUUCUUCUAUGACAAGCUGCGGCCUUACCUGGCCGGAGGCAAGAACAUGGCCACUUCAGGCUUGCCGCAUGGAGUCAUGUUCGAUGACGGGACCGAGGAUGCAGAAUAUGUCCAGCUUGCCGGCGGAUCGAAUGCACAGUCGAGUCUAUUCCAGCUGUUUGACAUUGCCCUUGGCAUCGCGCAUCGAGCAACGAGCGGUACUGUCGAGGAGACGAGCGCAGCGAAUCCACUCAAUACCAAAUCAGAGGGCACCCUAGCAGAUCGACUGCGCGCCAAACAAGCAGAGCCAGACUACAUCACUGACAUGCGUCAGUAUAUGCCCGAAGGCCACCGUCGCUUCCUGCGCGACUUCUCCCGGGUAGCGAUCGUACGCGAAUUCGUCGCUUCAAAGCCGCAUCAUCACACCCUCAUGACAGCAUACAACGCGGCUGUGGCGGCUCUCGUUGCCUUUCGCGAUGUGCAUCUGCAGAUAGUUGGUCGGUACAUCGUCCUUCGUAGCCAACGGCAGAAAGCAGCACCGCAACACGCAGAAGGUGUAGCAAAGGAUCUGAACGGCACAGGCGGUACAACAUUGAUGCCUUUCUUGCGCCAAGUGCGCGACGAAACGGCGCUCUGUGCCGCUUAG